UCCGCGAAUGCCGCGAAUCCGCCCCGAAAAUUCGUCUCAAACGGCCACGCGGCACGCCUGAGUGAAGUGAGUGAAGUCCGCGUGCAUCUUCUAGUGCGCGACGAGGAUCUCAACCAGCCUGGGCGAUCCUCGGUCCUCGUAUUUUGUUUCUUGCGCGAGCGAGCGUGCGAGUGUUACGCGCUUCCUCUCGAACGGCUACACCAGUCGAGUCAUCAUAAUAUACGUACGUCUUUUCCUUCACGAUUUCGUCGAGAUACACGGAUCGCGGCACGUGAGGAACGAGAGAUUCUCUCCUUUUCUUCCCGACACGAGUGCACGCGCGCGCACGUACGUACGUACGUACGUACGUACGUACAUUAUACAUCAUCAUGAUAGCAGAACUAAUGGACGCAGAGGACGAGACAGUAUUGGCGGCGGGACAACAGGUGGAACAGCUGCAAUUAAAAGAAAAGUUGGCUGCGAGUGAAGCGACAACUACAGCAGGUACAGCGGCUGCGACAACUACAGCGGGUACAGCGGCUGCGACAACUACAGCGGGCACAGCGGCUGCGACGACUACAGCGAGCACAGCGGCUGCGACAACUACAGUGGGCACAGCGCCUGCGACAACUACAGCGGGCACAGCGCCUGCGACAACUCCGAUGGCUGCGGCUGCGGCUGCGGCCUUGCCAGCUCCUACGAGACCUAGAAGAUGGAUGAAGAGCAGAAAAUCUCGCGGAUCAUACCGCGGUCGUGGAUACGAUCGUGGAUAUAGCAGUGGACGUAGCCGUGGCCGUGGCCGUGGCCAUGGCCAUGGCCGUGGCUACGAAUAUAGCAGUGGACAUAGCUACGGAUCAUACGGAUAUAGCUGUGGCCAUGGCUACGGAUCAUACGACGCCGGCCGCGGCGGUACCGACGGCGGUGGCAAAACAGUUAUACAAACGUUUAACCUAUAA